GGAGCGGGGCGGGGUCUGUGUCGAACCUGUUGUGAGGCUCUCGGCCCGGAUCGUGUACGUUUGCGUCUCUGCUGGACUCGCUGCGGGUCUCUGGAAGUUCUCCCGGGCCGGUUGGACCUCGGCGGAGUGGAGCAGCCCGCUGAGAUCAGCAGACAAACAGGAAGUGAUUCAUUGCUUGACCUCACUGUUGGCCUUGAAGGCAGAUGGUUGAUGAGGAGCGAAUAAAGGAACGAUCCACCCAAAACACUCCUGGUGUGGGCAGAGAGCCAGGACAGGAAGUUUCUGCUGCCAUCCACGGCGCUGCUGCUGCAUCGCUUCUUGAUUCUACAAACUACAGGACAGGUCGAGGCUUACUGACGAAUCAUCCUCCUGAUGAAGAAGGUUCCUCCUCCUCCUCACAUCACACACGCAGCAGGUUGCCUCAACAGGUAAAGAGGAGCUGCCAUGUUGGCCUCCUCCAUCCCCUCAUCACUCCUCUUCCUCCUCCUCCCCUUACUCCUCCCCCCUCCCUGUCACCCAGCUGAUGUCAUCGCAAACUCUGAUCCCUCAGUGCGAUGGGUGGAGCUCAAUGGCGCCCCCCUCUCUCACCUGGUUCUGGAACCAGGGGUAGGACAUCUUUAUGUGGGCGGGGUUGACCACCUUUACCAGCUAACCUCUGACCUGGAGGUGAUGUCACACGUGAGGACUGGCCCUCACCUGGACUCCCCAGACUGCCUCCCCCCGAUCGUCCCCCAGGACUGCCCCUCAGCCACGCCCACUCACAACCACAACAAACUGCUGCUGAUGGAGGCGGGACAGGGGGUGCAGCCAGGGAGUCUGAUUGUCUGUGGUUCACUCUUUCAAGGCAUCUGUGACAAGAGGAGUCUGACCAACAUUUCUCAGCUCAUCUAUCAGACCUCCAACCCUGUCGACACUCAGUACGUUGCUGCCAAUGACCCUCGAGUCUCCACCGUUGCCCUAGUGAUAACCACAGAGAACAAACAGGAGGGGGGCGGGGCUGGUGGUAUCAUGAGUUUGAUGCUGGUUGGACGAGGCUAUACCAGUAAAGGUCCUGGUGACAUCCCACCAAUCACGACGCGGCGGCUUUCCCCGGUGGUCCCACCUCGCCGGGCAUUCUCUCAGGAGGAGGAGCUGGGGAAACUGGUCGUAGGUAGUUACUCCGAGUACAAUAACCACUUUGUGAAGGCUGUGGCCUACGGCAACCACAUCUACUUCCUGUUCUCUCGGCGGGACAUGUGGCACAAGAAGGAGUACCGGACCUACGCCUCUCGACUCUGCGUCUCCGACCGCAGCUUUUACUCAUAUGUGGAGGUGCCGCUGAUGUGCAGCGGCGGAUACAACCUGGCUCAGGCGGCGUGGUUAGGUAACCACUCAGGUGAACCCGCCCUUUUCGUCAUCAUGGCAGCGGGCCAAGCGUCCACGCCUGUGGCCACUGGUCGCUCAGCACUGUGUGUUUAUGGGAUGGCAAAGCUGGACGCCAUGUUACUGAGAGCACAGGAAGUGUGUUACACGGAAGGAGGACGAGGCAGCAGCGGACAGGAGGAGGCCUACAUCGAAUAUGCUGUGUCAUCAAAAUGUCUAAAACUACCAAAGGACUCUCUAUCAGAGUACCCCUGUGGGGGUGAACACACCCCCAGCCCCAUCGCCAGUGCCAUACCGCUCCCGGCCACGCCCACCUUCACCUCAACCACCCAGCUGACUGCUGUCACCACAGCAACAGAGGCGGGCCACACCAUCGCCUUCCUGGGAAACAGAGAGGGACACCUGCACAAGGUGUUGGUGCGCUCUGAUUGGUCAGGUGAUCUGUAUGGCACUCUGUUGGUCGACAGUGACGGCAGCAGCAUCAGUGCUGACCUCCUAUUGGACGAGAACCAGCGGCAUGUUUAUGUUUUAACCAGCAGCAGGCUGUCUAAGGUUCCUGUGUCCUCAUGCGAGAGACAGACAGACUGUCAGUCGUGUCUCGCUGUCAGAGACCCGUACUGUGGCUGGUGUGUCCUUGAAGGGAGAUGUUCCCGUAAACAUCUGUGUCAGCGUCACACGCAGCCCAACCAUUGGCUUUGGAGCUUUGAACCAACCAAUCAGUGUGUGGCGGUGCAGAGUCUGCAGCCAGCCAACCAGAGCAAAGAUGAGCAGACACAGGUAACCCUGUCAGUUAUCCAGCUUCCUGCUCUCACUGAGGCUGAGUCUCUGUCCUGCGUAUUUGGGCUCCUCCCACCACAGCCUGCCAUCGUCAUGGGAACCAGCAUUACCUGUCAGUCACCUGCACCAGAGCUCCUCCCCACCAUGCCAACAGGAAGUGAUCAUGUGAUCCUGCCUGUCUCACUGGUGUUUGGUCGCGUCACCAUCACUACUGGCAACAUGACCUUCUACGACUGUGGAGCCGUGAGCCGACUGAACCAGAGCUCCCAGUGUCUGGCCUGUGUCAGCAGUGUUUGGAGGUGUAACUGGUGUCCUCUGGAUCAACUCUGCACUCACAACCACAGCUGUCCCAACCAACACAUCAUCCUCAACCAGAGACAGGACUCUCCUGGUCCCACUUCCUGUCCUCUGGUCUUCGCCCUGCAGAGUUCUGCUUUAGUGCCGCUGGGCAUGAGCACCACUGUGGUGCUGCGAGGACGAAACCUGGACAUCUACACGGAUGAAGCUCAGUAUGUGUGUGUUGUUGAAAUCGAAGGCAUUCAGUUAAAUCUGACAGCUGCAGUGGAGAAAAAGCACAGCAACACGAACACGUUCACCUGCAACCCUCACCAGUUUCAAUCUGCUGUCAGUCAGCUUCAGUAUUCAGCUCCUGUCUAUCUGCGUAGAGGAGACAGACGCAUCGAUGCCUCACCUGACCUCCGAUUGCAGCUGUAUGACUGCUCAGCUGGCCAAUCAGAUUGCUCCCAGUGUAGGGCGGUGCCUGAGGAGUACGGCUGUGUGUGGUGUCCAGGAAGCCCCUCCCCCAGUUGUGUUUACAACCAGUCCUGUAGCAGCGUACCUGCAGACUCCUGCCCUCCUCCUCAGAUCACACAGGUGUUACCUGUUUCUGGUCCUCUGGAGGGUGGAGUCCUGGUGACAAUCUCAGGUUCUAAUCUGGGCAUGAGGUACCAGGAUGUGGUGGGCAGAGUCACAGUGGCAGGUGUUCUGUGUCUGCCCCAACCUGAAGGAUACCAGAUCUCCACCAGGGUUGUGUGUGAGCUGCAGCCCAGUGGGAAGCAGAGGGAGGGGCCUGUACUGGUUACCAUGGGAACAGCUCCAGCUGGAAUGUCAACACAGAUCUUCACCUAUCAGGACCCUCAGGUUCUGGAUCUGAUUCCUGAUAAAGGUCCCGUCUCUGGAGGAACCAGACUGACCAUCAGAGGACGACAGCUGCUGACAGGACAGAGGUCAGACCUGAGUGCCUUCCUGGGUCCCCGGCCCUGCUACAUCGUGGAGGAGGUCACUGACAGCCAGUUGGUGUGUCAGACUGGUUCCAGUAAUCAGACUGGUGGAGUUCCAGUUCAGGUUCUGUUUGGGAAGGCGGAGAGAACUGUUCCUGGCAUUACCUUUCAUUACCUUGACGACCCCGUCAUCACCGACGCCAAACCUGCUGAGAGCUUCUACGCAGGUGGGCGUGUCAUCACAGUGACGGGCAGGAACCUCGAUGUUGUGCAGCAGCCAAUCAUAGCAGUUUGGGUGGAGCCUCUGGAGGUACAGAGGGUGAAACGCAGGAGACGAUUGGCUCUGCUCACCGCCAAGCAGCAACUGGUCUUCAACAGCACCAUGACAACGGUUGUGGAGCGCUGCACUGUCCUGUCAUCCUCUCAGAUGACCUGUCUCACCCCCACAGUGACACCAGAGGUCAAAGUGAAGGGAGUCUGGUUCCAACUGGAUAAUGUCAGAGUCCACUAUGAGAGCAUCAAGGGUAAAAGCUUCACGUAUUAUUCCAACCCGGAGUUUUUCCCUCUGAAUAGAGACGCUCCGUAUCGCUUCAAACCAGGAGGAGUGAUCGCUGUGGAGGGUCAGGAUCUGACCAGAGCCAUCUCCAGACAGGAAGUGACGGCUCGGCUUGGGGAUCAGGAGUGUGAGGUGAAAACUCUGGACAACACUCACCUGUACUGUGAACCUCCAGAGAUCCAACCAAUGAGUGUGGACGACAGCAACGAGCUGCCCAGCCUCAAGGUGUUCAUGGGGAACCUGCAGGUGGACCUGGGCUUGGUUCAGUACGACAGUGACUCUCUGCUGCCUCCCGUCCCAUUGGCUGCUCAGAUUGGUUUGGGGGCUGGAGCUGCUGUCAUCAUCCUGUCAGUGCUGGUCGUCAUCCUCAUGUACAGGAGGAAAAGUAAACAGGCACUCAGAGAUUAUAAAAAGGUUUUGCUGCAGCUGGAAACUCUGGAGAUCAACGUGGGAGACCAGUGUCGCAAAGAGUUCACUGACCUGAUGACAGAGAUGAUGGACCUGAGCAGUGAUGUUGGAGGACCAGGGCUCCCCCUGCUGGACUACAGGACAUAUGCAGAGAGAGUCUUCUUCCCGGGCCAGCAAGUGGCACCGCUAAGCCGCCAGCUGGACCUGCCAGAGUCCAGGAGGCAGACUGUGGAACAGGGUCUCCAACAGCUCAACAACCUGCUGAACAACAGACUCUUCCUCACCAGGUUCAUCCACACUCUGGAGGCCCAGCAGGGCUUCUCUCAGAGAGACCGGGGUUACGUUGCCAGUCUGCUCACCAUGGCUCUGCACGACAAGCUGGAGUACUUCACCGAGGUGAUGAAGAGUCUCCUGCAGGACCUGGUCCAACAGUACGGCGCCAAGAACCCCAAACUGAUGCUGCGCCGGACAGAGACAGUUGUAGAGAAGAUGUUGACUAACUGGAUGUCAAUCUGCCUCUACUCCUUCCUCAAGGAGGUGGCAGGUGAGCCUCUCUAUAUGCUCUACAGAGCCAUAAAGUAUCAGGUGGAUAAAGGACCAGUCGACGCUGUGACAGGAAAAGCCAAACGGACGCUGAACGACAGCCACCUGCUGCGCGAGGACAUCGACUACUGCGCUGUGACUCUGACAGUGUUGGUGAAGAAUGGAGCUGAAGUUCAACCUUGCCCUGUCAAAGUGCUUGACACUGACACAAUCACACAGGUGAAGGAUAAGAUCCUGGAUCAGGUAUACAGAGGAGCUCCGUUCUCUCAGAGACCAGCAGCAGACAGUCUGGACCUUGAGUGGCGUUCGGGUCAGGCAGGUCACCUGACCCUGUCAGAUGAUGAUGUCACAGCAGUGGUGCAAGGUCGCUGGAAACGAAUGAACACUCUGCAGCACUACAAGGUUCCGGAUGGCGCUACCGUUGCACUGAUUCCUCGUUCGCAGAGUUCAAGUGGAGUUGGUGUCAACCAGGUUUUCCAGACUGGAGAGAGAAGGUACUCCCAAACAUGGACAGGACAUGAGCAGCAUGACAUCGGAGAUCCGGCAUCAAAGCAGAAAGCAGUUGACGAAACGCCGAUGCUAGAGGGCGAGGAGGAGGAGGGGCUUCGUCUGUGGCACCUGGUGAAGAGCAGCGAAGAUCCAGAGAUCCCAAAACACAGAAAGAGCAGCAUGAGGGAGCGAGAGAGGGCCAAGGCCAUACCUGAGAUUUACCUGACCAGGCUGCUGUCCAUGAAGGGGACCCUGCAGAAGUUCGUGGACGACGUCUUCGUGGCGAUCCUCAGUACGAAGCGUCCUCCUCCGAUUGCUGUCAGGUUCUUCUUUGACUUCCUGGACGACAUGGCGGAGAAACAUGGCAUCGACGACCCAGAGACUGUCCACAUCUGGAAGACCAACAGUCUCCCUCUCAGGUUCUGGGUGAACAUUCUGAAGAAUCCUCAGUUUGUUCUGGACGUUCAGGUGAGCGACAGCAUCGACGCCGUCCUGUCUGUCAUCGCCCAGACCUUCAUCGACUCCUGCACCACCUCCGAGCACAAAGUGGGACGGGACUCUCCUGUAAACAAGUUGCUGUACGCCAGAGAGAUUCCCCGAUACAAACAGCUGGUGGAGAGGUAUUACAGUGAUAUCCACAGCGCUGCAUCAGGCUGUUAUCAGGAGAUGAACUCAACUCUGACUGAACUAUCUGGGAGUUUUGCUUCAGAGAUGAACAGUCUCGUUGCUCUUCACGAACUCUACAAGUACAUCAACAAAUAUUAUGAUCAGAUCAUCAUGUCCCUGGAGGAGGACAGUUCAGGUCAGAAGAUGCAGUUAGCCUAUCGGUUGCAGCAGGUCGCCGCCCUGGUGGAGAACAAGGUCACUGACCUCUGAUGACCUCUGACCCCGUGACCCAGAGGUCAGUCUGACCCCUGUUAAGAAAGAGGAGGAUGAAGAGGAGGAUGAAGAGGACGCCUGCUGUUGAACAUCUUCAGCAGCCCAGAGAGACUGAAACCACAAGACUGCUGUUAACUGUCUUCCUGCUGUGUGUGUGUGCGUGUGUGUGUGUGUGUGUGUGUGUGUGUGUGUGUGUGUGUGUGUGUGUGUGUGUGUUUUUUUUAUAGUCCGACUCAGGAGUUCUUGAGGUUCCUUAACUCUGCAGCAGUCAAACUAGACUUAAUCCUGAACUGAACCUAGUCCAGACCCGGAUCAGACCCAGUUCAGAACCGGUUCACACCUGGACCUGCUUCUAGACCAACCCAACUUCAGGAACGACAAUCUAACCAAUAAGAUCAGGGAACAUGAUCGUCACCUGCUGCCUUGCACUACAUUUCCCAGAGUUCCCUGCUGCUCUGCUACCUGUCUGGAGUCAGAAAGCACAAUUUGAAUAAUAGUUUCUAUUCUGAUCACAUGUAUUGAUUAUUGAUUAUUGACUGCUGAUCUCAGACACACUGGAUGCUUUUUCUUGCCUUUCUACUGAAACCAGCAGAACUCUGCACCCUGACCCAGGAGCUUUAAAGUUUCACUGAACUGAAGCAAUAAUCAGGUCCAGGUAACCCUCAGGACCUGACCCGUCCCACACCUGUUCCAAGUCUUCCUCAGUGCCAGGUCCAGUCCAGAUUGACUACCGGGUCCUCGGGUUUCUACAGAUCCCAGUACAUUGGAGACGACAUCAUGCUGAAUGUUGUCAGCCAACCAGCAUGCAGGAGAUGAGCGGCUUGAGAGUGAUGAAGGAACACGAGCUGGUGGUGUUGCCGUGGAGACUGUACUGAUGAUUUCAUUCCAUCUGCUGACACAUUGGGUUAGAAAUUGGUUUUUGAAAAUGCCGACACAAGAGGGUCUUCAGAACUUCACAGGUCUAGUCAGUUCUGAACCCAGAGACCAUUCUGAUCCUGGUCCAGUAACCGAAUGGUUCCACUUGGAUCACCUUGGAUCAAGUUCCUCUGUGAUCAGGUCCGACAGUCCUUCCUUUGGUUCCUUGUUGUUCUCAUCUCAGUGCUCUCAGGUCCAGGCAGCACCACUUACAGGUUCCUUUUUGAAUCAGGUACAUUUUUAUAGUUAUGACGACAAUGACUCCGCCUUCAUUCGUGUCUGGUUGCAUUUGGCUCCAAUGUGAGACAACUCACCCCGUUGCUCCCAGUGUGCAGGUGAAUGUGAGCAGGCUCAGCUGCUCUGAGAUCAGAGUGACGUGGUGACUUUAGAGCUCAUAUUAGCACUCACAGAAGCCAAAUGAAAACGCUGACUAAGGUGAUGAAGCUGACCUGCUCCGACCAAAGAGGAUUCAUUAUACUGACACAAAGCUAGUUAGCUACGUUAGCUUCAUCCAUUUUGGACACUCGUAGCUGAGCUCUGUCAGGACGUCCCUCUCUUGGUCAUCGACAGGAAAAAAUGGCUGUUUGAACGGCUGCUUUUGCAAGUUAGCUAACAUGCUACCUAGCAUCUUAAACAGUGGAUGAAGGAAUCCACUUUUGGGGGGUUAGGGUCCUGAAAGGAACAAACACAGAAACUAGAAGCACACUGAAAAUCAAGUUUAUCAUUAAAGUGAAACUGCUGACAGAGAAAAGAACUGAAAGAAGAUAAAACAAUCUGUGUGUGUGUGUGUGUGUGUGUGUGUGUGUGUGUGUGUGUGUGUGUGUUAGUUAGGUAGUUACUAACUUAUGUGUACAUACUGUAAGUCCUAUUUAAACCUAUUUAUCCCAGCUGUGCCUUCACUCUUGCAGCUAGGUGGCGCUGUCUGUCUGUUCUGACAGCAGCCAUAUUGAUCAUGUGUCCCAGUGCAUCAUGGGAAGAUACAUAAAUUUAAAUCUUAACUCUGGACUAUGGAGGGAAAACAACAGCGACUUAUGUACAUAUGACUUAACUCUAACAGUAUCACUACAUAUACAGAGGCCUACAUGCUAACAGCUAACAUGCUAUAAUGCAGAACAACUAGCAUAACAUCAUGCUAGGUUGAAAAUAAGUCUCAGCUGCUCACUCACGUACCUUAGUAGAGUUUGUUGUGUAAUCUGCUGUUGUGUCAAGAAUUAUCUGGGAAAUUCAAAAUUUAAAGACUUCAUAACAUGUUUGCAGCUACUAUGCUAGCUAGAAACAGCAUUACAGACACUCUAGGUGUUUGUACAGAAUGUUGUGCUAGCUACAGUGCACGAUAUCCUUGAACAAAGACAGCUACACACAGCUUGCUUUAUAGCAUGACAUCAGAUAGUAGCUUUUUGAAAUUUAUGCUGUCUGUUCUUUACCAGAUGUUUGUUGCAGGCAAAUGUCUGAAAUUACACAGUUGUAAAAUGUGGUAGUUCUUUAAGACUAGCUGUCUGUGGUUGUCUAACUACAGCUAGUGGUAUAUGCUAGCUCUUUGUUUAACCUUGUGUUAAAAGUAUUAUGCUAAAUAAACCACUAAAAACCACUGAAUGAACAGUUACAAACUGCAAGCAUGCUAAGUGCUACAUGUAGCGUCACAUCAGCUGAGUUCAGGUGUGUAAACACUAAGAUGCUUCCUGCGUGCUGUCCUUCAUAAUGAUGCUGUUCACAGAAACAAACCUUUGACUGCCAACAGUAAGCAUGUCACAUACUGUCAGCUGCACUGUCACAAAUAUCUGAGUUGACAGUGUGGACAUCACCCUGUGAUGUAAAAUACAGCAAUGAUCAUUAUCAGAAUGGUUGUUUGUCCUGACAAGACACUUCCUUGAUUCUGGACUGGAUACUUCCUGGGCUCUUGCUGUAUGUUAUUCAGUCUAAAUGGACUCUAAGUGAGACUGAGCCCAUCAGGCAAUAAUCUUCAGGCUGUCAGCUGUCAUUUCUGCUGCAGUUGACAGGUUUUAUUCUAAAUGGAGACGUUGGUGAAUGAUGUUCCUGCUGACUCAUCUUUUCCUCUUUGUCUUCUAAUAUUUCUGGUUAUUGCUGUUUGAUCUGAACGUCUCCUCAGUGUUUUUGCCUUGUGUGUUUUCUGAGCCUGUGUUUGACCUGUAGUUGUAGUUCUCUGAUCAGAUUAGAAUUCUGCAUGCAUGUGAUGAUGAUGAUGAUGAUGAUGAUGAAGAUUUCUGGUGCUUCUUCAGGCAGUAUUUGUUUUGUUUUUGAAAUAAAGGUGAGAGGCGGAGCUCUGACUCUGCUGUGUCACUGAUGAUCUAUGUAAAUGGAGGAAGAAGCUCUGACCUUUGACCUCCUGAUCUCUGUACAGUUUUCUAAUCUGGGACACGAUGAAACAGAUUCUCAGCUCUGAUUGGUCGAGCUAUGUUUGUUACUGAAACGUUUUUUUCUACAAGGGAAUAAAAACUUUAAAGGGUUUGUAUAAAAGCAUCCAGGAUCAGUCGUAAUGAAGCGUUCCUGCUGACGGUGUACAGUUUGCUAACAGUGUAAAUGUGCCUGUAAAUACCUGUCUGAUGAUGAUGAUGAUGAUGAUGAUGAUGAUGAUGAUGAUGAUGAUGAUGAUGAUGAUGAAGAAGAAGACAAGUCAGUCUGCAAUGGAAAUGUGUUUUUAUUGUAAGAGGCAGGAGGCCAAACAGUUUUUAUCAUGUAAAAAUAAAAUUAUAAUUUUAACAGUU